CGAGAAGUUGGAAAUUGGACGGAAGAGAGAAGGAUGGGAACAGGUUUCUCUGCCAUAGAAGUUGGUCGAUUUUUUAGAGCGCCCUGGACUGGAUUUGCGCUUUAAUAGCUUGUAAUCGGACCCGCCGUGCUCUUGUUCUGCGCCUAUGACUCCUCGCUCCACAUCCACUUCUGCCUUCCCGGCCCGCCUGACUCCUCUCACCUGACUCCGUGUGGAGAAUCAUUUGUCGCUGAGGCCGCUCCGUCACAAUCCGUCCGGAAAAUGAACAGCGAGCUGCCAGCCGCUCGUGCGAACGGAUUCGUCCACAGUGCGCCCUUUUUACCCGAAACUGCUGCGGCGUUAUCCGCCAUGCCGUACAUCCCCCCGCGCAAAUCCACCGCUUCUACUGGCAAUGCUGCCGACUUCAAGCUGAAGCCGUCUCCUACCGCCGCUACCGACGGUUUCCCGUCGGCAUCCCCGACAAACACGAGCACAAUUGGGCCCAAUCAAAUGAGCUACUCGCAGCUGCCGUCCGAUCUGGACCCGAGCCGGUUGCCAGGCCACGUGGCGAUCAUCCUGGAUGGGUACUCGCGGUGGGCGAAGCGGCGGGGGUUGCCCAAGGAGCUGGGGCACCUGGCGGGGGAGAAGUCGCUGAGUGACAUGGUGCGGCGAUGCAGCGACUGGGGCAUCCGCGCGCUGACCGUGUUCGCGUUCUCCACCGAGAACUGGGGCAGGCCUGAGGCGGAGGUUAAUUUUCGCAUGGUGAUGAUGGGCAGGUUGUUAGUCGAGAAGCUGGAUGAGCUGCACAGUCAACGAGCAGCAGUGCGCUUUAUAGGUGACCUAUCACGCCUCAACCCCGACCUGCAACAUAAAAUCGAAACGCUGCAAGACACCACAAGAGACAAUGGCGGACUGCGCGUUUGCGUAUCAUUGAACUACUGUGGCCGCCAAGACAUGGUGCACGCAUGUCGGCGAAUCGCAGAGCGAGUGGCGGCCGGUGAGAUCCAGCCAGACCAGAUCCGAGAGGCUGUUUUCGCCGAAGAGCUGGGAACUAGUUGGCUUGGGCCGGACUUGGCUAACCCUGACCUGCUGAUUAGGACGAGUGGGGAGCAGCGGCUGAGCAACUUCCUCCUGUGACAAUCAGCUUACACAGAGCUUUACUUUUGUGACACUCUCUGGCCAGACUUCGGAGCACCUGAGUUCCAUGCUGCGCUCCUUGAUUUUCAACAGCGAGACCGACGGUUUGGAAAGCGGAAUGAGUCCAGCUGAGAAGGUGGAAUGAGGGGAGUUCCGGGUAGGACAGGACAAGAUACUUGUGUGACGGUAGGAAGUCGUCAUUUGACGUUGACUUAACCUGCUACCCUUUGAAGCUUGUCAUACUACCAAUAUUUGU